AUGGGUAAUAAAUCAUCAAGUAAAAUUGAUCCUACAAUUCUUACACCAAAAGCUAUUCAAAUGCUAAAGGCAAAUACAAAUUUUACUGAAGAACAAAUUCGUGAAUGGCAUGCUGGUUUCUUACGUGAUUGUCCAACUGGAAAAUUAUCAAAAGAUCGUUUUGUUACAGUUUACGAACAAUUUUAUCCAGGUGGUAAAGCAAAAGAUUUUUGUAAAUAUGCUUUUGCUACAUUUGAUCGCGAUAAUAAUGGAACCAUCGAUUUUACUGAAUUUAUGCUUGCUAUUGCAUUGACACAAUCAGGUGAUCUUGAUGAACGUCUUGCUUUAGCAUUUGAUAUGUAUGAUUAUAAUAACAGUGGUUGGAUUGAUACUAAUGAAAUGGCAAAAGUUAUUUCUGCUAUGUAUGAUCUCAUUGGUGAAACUGAUCGUAAAGGUGAUCGUGAUCCAAAACGUCGUGCUGAAGAAAUUAUUCGUAUUUGUGAUGUUACUGGAAAUAAAAAAUUAAGCAAAGAAGAAUUCAUUGCUGGAUGUAAGAAUGAUCCAGUUAUUCGUCGUUUACUUGUUCCUAAUGCAUAA